AUUUGUUAACAGUUUAGUCCGCCGUCGACCAUUGGUGUCAGCUGCUACGUUCGUCAGACGGUAAUGUGAAUCGUAGAAUAUCGCAUCGAUCACGUACAAAAGAAAACGCAUCAAGAUGAGCGGAGGAAUGCCGGAGCUUGGCUCGAAGAUAAGUUUAAUAUCAAAGGCGGAUAUUCGUUAUGAGGGCCGUCUAUUUACCGUUGAUCCGCAAGAAUGUACAAUAGCUCUUGCUAAUGUUCGUUCUUUCGGAACAGAAGACCGAGAAACUCAAUUACCUGUCGCCCCUCAAAAUCAAGUUUAUGAAUACAUCCUAUUUCGUGGCUCGGACAUAAAAGAUAUCAGAGUUGUAAACAAUGUUAACUCAAUACCAAAUGAUCCAGCUAUCGUUCAGAUGACUGUGCAACCAUCUAUGGGACAGCAAUCAUAUCAACCACAACCAACUUAUGCUCAUCCGAUGAUGAGCCAAAUGGGCCCUAUGGGCGGUCAAUAUGGAACUCCAUAUGGUAUGACUAUGGGAGCUAUGGGACCAGUUAUGGGCAUGCCGACUACUGCCAGAGAUCCUCGUGGGCCACUGAAUAAACAGCCAAGUGAGUUGAGCUUGGGCCCUGCUGAACCCAAUGCCAUCUCUAUCCCAAACUCACUAUCGACGGCCAAUGUCGACCCAUUACCAAAAGACCAAUCUCUGGAAGAUGGUGUACUUGAUCUUAUUAGCGGAGGAUCAAGAUCAACAACACCAACUUCUUCAUUGUUAACUAGAAAAAGUCCAACAAUAGAUCAAGGCAUACAAGUAGGACAGCAGCAGCAACAACCUCAACAGCAACAGCAAAGUAGCAUGGGUAAACAUGUUGAGAAGCCAAACAUUAGAACCGUUCAACCGCCAUGCCGUGAUCAUGAUGGACAUGUUGGUGGAAAAACAAACAAUGGUAUGUCACAGUAUAAUAAUAUGAAGAGAGAUGGAAUGAAACCUGAUGGUCAGAUGCAAGGACAAGGUGGACACCCUGGAGGUGGUCGAGGAAAUCGUGGUGGUUGGAUGAAUCGUGGAAAUAUGCGAGGACGAGGUAGAGGACGCGGUGGCUUUAGGGUCAACCAGCCUGGUAAUACUGGAACAACUAAAUCCAAAAAUACGCUUAAAUUCGAUAACGAUUAUGAUUUUGAGCAAGCUAAUACAGAAUUCGAGGAAUUAAGAUCUCAGUUGGCAAAAACAAAAAUUGAUGGUGGUAAUGAUAAUGAAAAGAAAGAUGAUAGUGGCAAUGAAACCGGAGCAGGAGAAGGAGAACCUGAGGAAGAACCGGAAGUUGUUCAUUAUGAUAAAUCAAAGUCAUUCUUUGAUAACAUUAGCUGUGAAGCUGUUGAAAGAAGUAAAGGACGAUUCCAGCGUACGGAUUGGAGGACAGAAAGGAAAUUGAAUUCUGAGACGUUCGGCGUGGCUUCGACAAGACGCGGUGGCUUCCGCGGCCGUGGAUACUACAAUCGUGGUAUGGGAGGAAUGUACGGAAGAGGUGCUGGUAAUAUGGGUGGAUCUGGUUUCCGUGGUGGAUAUAGAGGUAAUCGAGGCAUGAAUCGUAAGCCCACCAAUCAACAACAGAAUAAUAAUCCUGGUAGUCAAGCUCGUACGACCAACGAACAGUCUACUACUCAGUCACAGCAGAACAACCGUCUUGUAACUGGAACGGCGUAAAACAUGGAACAUGCCACACUACGAACAACGCGGCAUUAUGUAUAAGUAUUCUUCAGAUAUUAAGGCUUUUACGAUAUAUGCUCUGCCCAUAUGAACUGAAAAAGAAAAAAAAAUGAUUUUGAAUGAAUCGGCAAACGGAUAUAAUAAUUUGUAGAUUGUCGUAUUAAUGGGGAGUGUAGCGCAGAACCGAUAUGGCGCGUAUGAGCGCAUGUGUGUGACUUUGUUGGGGCGCAAAGAACUCUCACAUUCAGACUUUCUUUUGGUGUAGAAGAGACGUUUGAUCUACGAGGAAGAAAUAUAUUUUUGUUCUCUUUUCUCCUAGCUCUAGAUAAUGAUAACGAUCCAAAUAUAAAAAUCUAUAUAUAUAUGCAUAUGCAUAUGUUUGCGUCGAGAAUCGUUGAUGAUCAUUUAUGUAAUCAAAUUUUCAUGUUGUACGUCGUAUGCAUUCUUGGAAGAAGAUAUAUAUAUAGCUUAUAAUUCGUUCUUUUCUCGAACAAAUAUUGGAGUGAUGAAAACAGAGGAGAAUGCUACAUUAAAACGUAAUCUUAUAAUAUGAUCUAUAUGAAAGGCGUAAUAUAAAAAAAAAAAAGCACACAGAGAUAUUAGUUUCAUCGUAUCGGGAAGAAAUCAGACUAACUAUUAUAAGUUUGAGUAUGAAAAUUACUCGCUUAUAUAUUAUUAUUUAACACGUUGAGUGCUAUGUCUGCCACUGGUGAUGGACACUCGACAUUCCGUUAGGCCGCGUCAGUCACUCCUGGCUGACAGCGUAUAACAAUAUUUCUAAGUGGCGCGCGUGGCCUGACGGGAAUUCCUUAAAAAUGAGGGUGGCUUAAAGGGAAUUUUUCUUGAAAAUGAGCGUGGCGCUUAACGUGUUAAAAUUCGAAUCUCGUUUCUUUCUAAAGAAUUAUUUUUCUAUACGCCUCGGUAUCGUAAUAAUCAUUAUCAAACGUCUUUUCGUAUAUGUGUUUUAGUAGAACGAGAUAGUUCGAUAAAGAUGUGGCAGAGAAAAAAAAUGAUAAAAAAAAAAUAUACUGAUAAUUAUAUUUGCAUUAGUUAUAUAUAUAUAUAUAUAAACACCAAUAGGAUAUACUCAGUUUUUAAUGAUACCCUGAAAUAAAAGUUUUAAAAAUGAAUCUUCUGGUAAAGAUAUUAGACGUACGUUUAAUCCCGAUUUAUGGAAUAUGUUAUUUUGUUGUAUUCAUUUAACGGAUGACUAUCUUGAGAUGUAUAAUUCUAAAUAAUAUAUACAAUAUAUGUUUUCAUUGCAUUUUUUCGAAGGGUAUUUUUUACAAAGAAACUAAGUAUAUCCUUUGGUACUUAUCAAUUGUAAAAGAAUGUCUGACGCUGUGAAUGGAGUUAUUACUUGUAGCUACUAAAUUAUCGCGUGUUUUAUUUCUUUUUUUUUUUUUUCAAUACGCAGACGAAAUUUCGAGAUAAACAGACUAGAAGUUUCUACAACAAGAAGAGAAAGGGAAGAUAAAAUAAAUAAAUAAACAAACAAACAAACAAUAUUUAGUUUUAAGAGUGUGGAAAGUUCUUUCGAAGAUAUAGAAAUUACGAUAAUAAUGCGUGAUGAGAAUUGUUUCAAAUGCAAAUACAUAAUAAUCGAUAUUGUCCUAUAUACCAGAAUUGUCCAUCGAACGGAGAUUCGUAGAAAAAGAAAAGUAAAAGAAAAAUAAUGAUACAACGUAUCGUUAAGCGUAUCAUAAAUGAAAAAGAUGAAUAAUAAGAAAAGAUGGCGAGCUUAAGGAGAUGGAUGAUUUGAAAUUGGAUGUACAAAUUCACUUUAAAAAGUGGUAUAUAUAUAUAUAUGUGCACUAAAUCGCUGCGAAGAGACCAAAACGUGGAUAUAACUUUGUUGUAAUUGGAAAAGUGUGGCCUAACAUUUUUCAAAUUUUAUUAUCACUUAUUAUUAAGUUUUUUUUUUUUUUCUUGGAUUUUUAUCGAUUUAUAGAUUUAUAUGUUAUAAACAAAAACAAAAUACAAUAUGGGAAAAAUAUGAAUAUUUCAGUAAAUAUAUUGACUUUGGUCUCUUUAAUAAUCACCGACUCGACUCUUCCAUUUCGAUAAGUGCUACGUGUUUGCAAAAGAAAGAAA